UACAUCGUCCCCAUUGCGUGCCAUACCGGUAGCCGAUGCGAACUGUUCAAUCCGUCCCAAGCAGCAUGGCCGGAUUCUAUCUUGUACAGGACAUCGUUGCCGGCGAUCUGCUUGGCACAGUUUAAGUAACGGGAUCUCUCCAGCUCAAGAGAAAAAAAAGCGCAGUACGAGGCACAACGUACCACUGCCGAACAUCCUCCGCCGCCGCCGCCCUCUCCGUUUCGUUGCCCAUGGCGGCGACCGCCUCUUCCUUCCUCGCCGCUGCCUCCGCCUCCUGCGUGGCUAUCUCCACCCCCUCGCCGUCUCGCUCCUCCUGCCCUCAUCUGCUCCGCGCUAAUUCCCCCGCGACGUCCCUCCGGAGCCGUCUCGUCUCUGCCGCUGCUCCCGCGAUGCAGCCGCCGGUGGAGUCCCGCGUCUCCACGGUGGUCGACGUCGAUCUCGGCGACCGGAGCUACCCGAUCUACAUCGGCCCCGGCCUCCUGGACGAGCCCGACCUGCUGCAGAGGCAUGUGAUCGGGAAGAGGCUUCUGGUGGUUACCAACACCACCGUCGCGCCGCUCUACCUGGAGAAAGUGACCUGGGCACUCACGCACGACAACCCGAAUGUUUCAGUGGAGAGCGUGAUCCUGCCUGACGGAGAGAAGUACAAGGUCAUGGACACGCUGAUGAAGGUUUUUCACAAGGCGGUGGAGGCUCGGCUGGACCGCAGGUGCACGUUUGUCGCGCUAGGGGGUGGUGUCAUCGGGGACAUGUGUGGGCUUGCGGCUUCUGCGUUCCUCCGUGGCGUCAAUUUCAUACAGAUACCAACGUCUCUGAUGGCCCAGAUGGAUUCGUCUGUUGGAGGGAAGACGGCCAUUAACCAUCCACUGGGAAAGAACUUAAUCGGGACAUUCUACCAGCCACAGUGCGUACUGAUAGACACAGAAACACUGAAUACAUUGCCUGACAGGGAGCUGGUUUCAGGCAUAGGUGAGGUGGUGAAGUUAGCGCUCGUAAGAGAUGCACCUUUCUUUGAGUGGCAAGAGAAGAAUAUGACAGCAUUGUUAGCGAGAGAACCAAGUGCCCUGACCUACGCAAUAAAGAGAUCAUGUGAAAACAAAGCUGAAGUGGUUGCGCAGGAUGAGAAGGAAAAUGGUCUUCGAGCAACACUAAACCUGGGUCAUACAUUUGGUCAUGCUAUAGAAACAGGGUUUGGCCAUGGAGAGUGGCUCCACGGGGAGGCUGUUGCAACUGGAACAGUUAUGGCAGCCGACAUGUCUUACCGGCUAGGCUGGAUACACGAAUCCAUUAAAAAACGGACAAUUGACAUACUGGAGCAAGCAAAGCUUCCCGUUGCACUACCAAAGGGCAUGACAGUGGAGAAGUUCAAAAACAUUAUGGCUCUCGACAAGAAGAUUGCCGAUGGUUUGCUGAGGCUCGUCCUUCUGAAAGGACCUCUGGGGGGCUGUGUUUUCACUGGCGAUUAUGACAGAAAAGCCCUGGAUGAAACCCUCCGUGCAUUCUGCGAUAACUGAUCCUUCUCAGUUGGAUCUCCCUUCUGUAUACUACGGAGUACUAAAUAGGCUGUAAUUGUGCAUUGUAAAAUAACGGAAUGUGGUUAGGGGGCUUAAAAGCCGGUUAUUCAAGAUGCGUCUUAUCUGUUUCUUUUGCCACACACGCUGAUUUGUUGUAUGACACGUGUUCAAGAUGCGUCUUAUCUGUUUCUUUUGCCACA